ACUGCGUCUUCUGCGUGGGCAAGCACACACGAGGACGCGCGCUCUGCACGGGGAACAUUGACGGAUCUCUUUACGUUUUUCCCCUUCACAUUUUAUUGCACCUUUUGGACUAUAUUUUUACCAAAAUGAAGGAAAGGAGGAGUACGCAGCCGCUUGUUGUGAGGUGUAAACUGGUGCUGGUUGGAGACGUCCAAUGCGGAAAAACGGCGAUGUUGCAAGUCCUCGCCAAAGACUGUUAUCCAGAGACGUACGUGCCCACGGUGUUUGAGAACUACACGGCCUGUCUGGAGCUGGAGGAGCAGCGCGUGGAGCUCAGCCUCUGGGACACCUCAGGUUCUCCAUACUAUGACAACGUGAGGCCCCUGUGUUACAGUGACUCAGAUGCAGUCCUGCUGUGUUUUGACAUCAGUCGCCCUGACACUGUGGACGGAAGCCUCAAAAAGUGGAAGAACGAGAUCCUGGACUUCUGCCCCAGCACACGCAUCCUUCUGAUUGGCUGUAAGACCGACCUUCGCACGGACGUCUGCACUCUGAUGGAGCUGUCCAAUCAGAAACAGACUCCUCUCACCUAUGAGCAGGGCGCUGCUAUGGCCAAACAGCUGGGUGCCGAGGCCUACCUGGAGUGCUCCGCCUUCACCUCGGAGAAGAGCAUUCACAGUGUCUUCCGCACAGCAGCCUUGGCCUGCAUCAACAAGCUACAGGCUGUCCCAAAGUCCAGCCCCACACGCCGCCUAUCCAAAAGACUGCUUCACCUGCCCAGCAAGUCAGAUCUGCUCUCCUCCACCUUCAAAAAGGAGAAGGCUAAGAGCUGCUCCGUCAUGUGAGUGGACGCCAUCUUGGGCUUCCAAAAGGUCUCUCCCAGCCCCUGCCUCUUUUGGUCUUGGGGAAGGGGGGUGGGCACGAUUUAUCAGGACAUCCUGCUGAAUCCUUCCCCUAACCCCCCACGAAACCUAAACACCACAUCAGAAGAGGUGGACACUGCGCUGUCCACUUGCUCCUGAACAUUGUAAUGCACAUCUGUCAUUAAUCAACCUCGACCUGCUUUUUGAAGAAACUGUUGUAUUCAAGGUUCGGACAUUGAGCUGUCAUUUUUCACCUGUAACAGAAAGAUACUACAAUAUUCACAUUACAUGUUGAGUUUGUCCAAAAUCGGAUAUGUGCAACGUGUGACCAUAAUAUUGAUGGGGAAAAAAACUUCUCAAAUAAUUCAAUGUAUUCCUAAAGCUAAAUCUAGCACGAACCAAUCAGGAGCAAGGAAUGUCCUGUGUCUUCUAGGACGCAGUAUUAAGUAGCAGGACAUGUAAAAGGGUACAGAAGUUAGACAUAAACAGUCGGUGGUCGAAAGAAUGGAGAGAUGAGUUAUUAAGAGAAGUUGCUAUUGCUGCGUGUAUAGAUGAAGCCUGGUGGCGGCGCUGUGGUCAGCUCUGGUCGUUUUAAGGUGGAAGAAUCAGAGCAGACCAAAUCAAAAGGGGAGUUUACUUGGGCUUCCUGUAUCGCUGUGACUUCAAACUACUUGAUGAAGGAGAAAAUUUAUGAGGCGUAAAAGUUUCAAUGCCUUGAUGUGGCUUGAAGUAGUCACUGUGUGCAAAACACUUGGAUCUGGCUGCUAAUGCAAAUCUUUGUAGGUUAGAAUAUAAUUUGGAUUUGUAGCAUUGUUUGAGCUCUUCUUUAAUGGUAUGCAGUUUUGGAAAAUGCCUUUCAUAUCACAAUCCCACAAUCUUUGGACUUCUAUGUGCCUGUGACUUCUCUCAUUUAUAAAAUAUAAUCCAAUGUAGCACUCCCAAUGACUUCCAAGACCUCCGUGUUGUUUCUAAUUGAAUAAGCAGCACUUACUGUAGGACACAUAUGGAGCAAACAGGGGCCUGGUCCGUGCUUAAAUCCUUAGCUUUAUGGUUGUGCUGACCAUAAAACAGUGAUGAUUUAAGUGCAUGUUAUACAAGGGCGACCUGUGGCAAUAAAACACAGCUUUGUAAUUACUGUUAUCUGCUACCGCGCUCCAUGGACCAUCUUUGCUGUACAAAAAGGCUGUUGAUAUGAGUAUGCUAUCCACUAAAUAUUAACACGAGAUUGUGAUGGACAAACCCCUGUAGAUGCUGUUAUUGCACGGAAUGGACGCAGUUUUCAAUUUUGCAUUGGGAAUCUACAUAUUACAUAUUGAUUAAUGUAAUAUUGACAUAUUACAAAGUUGAACCAUUGUGAAAGGGCUUAGAAAAUAAGACGUAUUGGGGGUUUGUAGUUCAAAUCAAAUGCACAGGCUGGCCCUGUUCAAAGAGCGAUAUUAUUUUCCUUAAUAUUUUUUUUUCUGUUAUGAUCGUUAAAAGCAUGUUGUCUUCAUGUUGUUUAUGAGUAAGUGUCUAUGAAGCAGUGGGCAGCCCUUGUCACAGCCGUGAAAUGGUGAUUUGCACAAAAACCUUUAGUUCACGGUCGCACCAAAAUUCUGCAGCAUCGCCUAGCAACGAUUGAGUGCAGGAAGCAGCGAGGACCGAGACUGAGACAGGGCUCGAUCAGUGGCACAGCCCCAAAUCCAGACAGCAACAGUUUCUACCAAACAGCCUAACAUCUGAAUCAAAGACUGCACAAAAUAUAGGUGUAAAGAAAGAGAUAUUUCAACUUUUGAACCAUAAGAUACUUUUAGGUAUUAAUCAGAAGACUUGAGACUGAGCCAAAAUUAAUGUUACCAAAAAAGUAAACUAUGUCUACAUUCUGCUGAAGUUGAAACCAGUUGUAAAUAGAAAGAAACAGCAAUUAUCUGCUCAAGUGUAACACCUGUUAAUCAAUUAGGUGGAGCAUUGUAUCAAAGCUACGAACUGUAUCUAAUUACUUUGCUAAGAUUGUGAUAGCAGUGAUACCAGUUUGAGUAAUAUCAUGCAGUCCUGGUUUUCUGUGGCUGUUCUAGUGCAGACAGAGCAGUCGUGUGCAGAGGAGGCUCAUAGACCUGUAGUCGGCCUUUGUGUUGUGGUCAGUGUUUGGUACACUGGUGCAGUCCAAAUCCUAAAGCAUGUCCUAUUGAAGUUGUAUGAUUGUACAUAUCUUCUGUCUCCUGUUUUAUAACCACUGUAAGGCACUCCUGAGGUGUCAGAGGAACUCUUGUUGUAAAUGUGAAUAUUUAUUUAGUAGCUCUUUUUGUUGUCAUGUAACUUCAUUUGAAAUCUAUUUUGUAAAUUGAGCCUUUUUUGUUUUGAUUAUUUUUUGCUGUGUUAAUAAAGCUUGCCUUGUUCGGCAUAUUU